CAAUUUUAAGCAACCCUUGUCUGCAAGAUAUUGAUUUAAGAAAUAUUUUUCAAGUCAAAUGUGCUGUUUCAAACUAUCAUGGGCACGGUUUUAAGUUUUAAUCCAAGGGAUAGACAUCCGAUCUACUCGUCACAACCCAACUUUCCGUAUAAUCAAUCUGUUGAUAUUCAAGCUGAUAAAAUACACGAAUCAACUGGAUCUAUCGACUCUCACUUAAACAACUUUUCAUACGAGCAAUUGAAUAAUGCUAAAAAUCGCGAAAACAAGAAAUCUGUUAUUCAACAAUUACCCAAAAAUGGAAUGGGACAACAAAGAACCUGUGGAAAUAUGCAAUUUAAUAUACAUCCUCAAAUAAACUCGCAUAACUUUAACAAUUUAACAAAUUCAUCAAAGGAUACAAUUAAUAAUGACUUAGAUUCUCAUAAUGAAAAUUCAAUAGUUAUAUCGGAAAAGAGUUCAAUUGAAAAAAGUUUAAAGAAGCAUUCACUUUUUAUUAAUGCUCUAUCAUGGAAAAAGCUUUCGACUUCUCACAACAAAAAGAAAGUCGAAAACAAAAAUAAAUGUGCGAAUAUUCCAACUGCGUGCUUCAAGGCUCAUCUUUUGGAAUCGUCAUAUUCAAACUCAUCAGAUAAAAAUAAAAAUAUACAAUUACAUUGUAAUCAUUUUGAAGAACAUCACCACCAACACUGCAAUCAAAGUCAAGGUAAUCGGGAGCUUCCUCAUUUUUCGACAAAUAAAACGCUGAGGUCAUCAACUGCUAAAGAGCUAGGAAGAUUCAAUAAUACAAGUUCUAUAGCUAACCACAAUAAGUUGAUUCAGAAGCAACCACUUACUCUUUCAUUGCCCCAGCAAUUACAGACAACUUCAAAUCAAGCAAAAAACAUUAAUCAAAAUCAUAUUCCUCGUAAAACUGUAAUCCAGGCUUCUACUUCUGAGCUAUUAAAAUGCUUAGGCAUGUUUUUGCAUUAUCGAUGCCAACGCCUUAACAACUUCGAUCCAGGGGAUGCAGUAAUGUGGCUUAGAGCUGUUGAUCGUAGCCUAUUACUACAAGGAUGGCAGGACGUCGCAUUUAUUAACCCAGCAAAUGUUGUUUUCGUUUAUAUGUUAGUUCGAGAGCUUGUAAAUGGAGAAGAAACAAAGGAAUCUGAUCUUCAAGCAUCUGUACUUACUUGUUUAUAUCUCUCAUAUUCUUAUAUGGGUAACGAAAUCAGCUAUCCCCUUAAACCGUUUUUGGUAGAAGACUCAAAAGAGCACUUCUGGGACAGGUGUCUGGUGAUCGUAAAUAAAUUAAGUAAUAAAAUGCUGAAAAUCAACGCAGAGCCAGCUUUUUUCACGGAAGUAUUCACAGAGUUAAAAUCUUGCGGACAGUUUCAGCCAAGCUCUAUGACAAAGACAUCAUGCGGGGGCGCCUGACGGAAAGACGGGCAGCAGAUUGUAUUUCGACUCUCUCUAUCUACACAACAGCAGACUUUAAAUGACAAACCAAAACCAAAUUAGUGGUAAUAAAGUUAAGAAUUUUAUAAAUUAUUAGAAAAUUUCUUUAUGUCACCAUCCCA